CGAGCCGCCCGCGCGAGUGGUCAGCUCCGGCCGCCCCCGCCCCCGCCCCGGUCGCCAACGAUCUCUGGUGCUCAGACGUGAGACAAACUGUGAGACGGCCACCAUGUGGCAGAAACUGGACGAAUUCUUCACCCAAAAGUGCUGCCUGUCAUGUGGGAAAUCGGCUUUAGAAACGGCUCCGUCUGUGCGCAUUGAGCUGGUGCCCCCGGGCCACCGGCCGACUCAGCACACUGGUGGUGUCUACCAGAAUGGCUACUUGCCUCAGAACGGAGUCCAUCAAAAUGGAUACCUGCCCCAGAACGGAGUCCACCAGAAUGGCUACCUGCCUCAGAACGGCGUCCAUCAGAACGGCUCUGUGCCGAACGGCUACCCGCCGCACCAUCAGCACCAGCACCAGCCGCCGCCGGCCAUCCACCGAACCAAGCCGGCGCCGCCGCCGCCCGAUGUAUACGGCAGCGGCCCGCCGGCUGGUCAGACGGGCCCCUCCGUACCGGCCGGUCAGCGCGCCGGCUGGGCGCGGUCCGGUCAGCCGCCGCCGCCGCAGGCCGCCCUGACCCUGCCGCGCCCUCCCGGAGGCAGCGGGGGGCCGCAGCGGCCACCACCGGCCGCCGCGUCUGCAGCGACUCUGCCCUCCCAGUACCGCAGCCGCAGUCAGAGCAACGACGGCGCCCGGCAGCCGCCGCCGCCGCCGCCGCCAGCACCACCGGCACCACCGCCACCGCCAGUUCAGCACCAGCAGCACCAACACCACCAGCAGCAGCAGCAGCAGCAGCAGCAGCAGCCUCAGCAGAACAACCCGACGCCGACUCGGGGAGGUGCUCCGCCGCCAGAGACGGGCUUCAUCUCGGACCUGAAGGCGGGUGACCUGCUGGGCCGCAGUAACGAGGAACUGGUACUGCUGCUGAUCCAGCUCCGGAGGCAGAGCACCGCCAUCGCUACCGCCCAGGACCGCGCCCGGCAGCAGCUCAACUCGGCGACGUCUGCACCGCUGCCCGAGGGACCCCAGCGGGAGGCGGCCCUGCUGAACAUUGACAGACUGCGCUCGCAGAUCAGGGAACUCGACAAACAGCACGAGCUGACGCGGCCGCUUAUCAGCCUGGUGGACAACAUGCUGAAGCUAUCGUCACUGUACGAGGCGCCGCCCCCGGACGGGCCCUCCGUGCAGGAGCGGCGCCGCUUCUCGCAGCGCGUCGAGGAGCGCCGAAUGCUGCGCGAGGAGCGCCGGCACUGGCACGCCAUCGCCGGACAACCGUUCGACAUGCAGGCCCGCGUUGACCGACUGUUCAGCCUGGACCGUCAGCUGACCCAGCAGGCUGCCGACAUCCAGCGCCUCAGGGCAGACAAGGACCGCCUGGAGCGUCGGAUCGAGCUGACUCGCCAGGAGGCCGGCCGCGCGCCUCUGCGGGACUCGGAGCGGCUCCUGAUGCAGCAGAGGGCGCUGCAGCAGGAGCUGGGCCAGGUCCGGGCGGCGCUGACCUCCAGUGCCAGGAGUCUGGAGGACACGGCGGCGGAGAACAGCCGUCUGGAGCGGGAGAUGAUGAUGCUCCGACAGCGCCUGCAGACGGUGAUGACGGAAAACAGCGGACCGGAGACGCUGCGCAGCCAGGAGGUGCGCGCCCUGGAGGCGGAGCUGCAGCGCGUGCAGAGUCUGAUCGACGACCUGGCGGUGCGGCGGGAACAGCUCAGUCGCCAGGUGACGGCGCUCACCCAGCCGCCGGAGCCGACCGCCCGGCCGCGCCGGCACCACCAGGCCAGCUGGAUAGAGACGGACCUCGACUCGAUGGUCACAGUGGCUGGAGGACGGGCUGCCGCCUUCGACAAGGACCAGCCGCUGUUUGUCAACACGUACUACGAACAUCAGCCGUUGGUCCGUGGCCACGAGGCGCCUCCUCCGCCGGCUCCCAGCGGCCACCACACGCUGCCGGCGCGGCCCUCACGUGCGGCCGCCGAGCGGCGCCGACACGCCUCGGGACCGGCACCCCGAGAGCCCUCCCCUCCAGGCCUGGGCGCCGACGAUCCAGCCGCCGGGGACAAGGUAUCACUGGACAGCGGACUCAACAGCUCCUCACCGACCGACAACAGCCACCAGUCUCUGGUGCAGCCGGACGGUCCGACCAGCAGUGACACCCUGCCCGGGAGCUGGCCGAGCAGCCAGCUGGAGUCGCGCGCGCUCGGCGGCGAGCCGGAGUACCGCGGUACACAGACUCAGACUGGAGAGUACCGUGGUACGCAGACGCAUACCGGCGAGUACCACGGUACGAGGGUAAGGGGAUCGGAGUAUCAGGCCACACAAACGCUGAUCUCAGAGAAUAGGAGUGGUACGGUGCGCGGUCCGGAACAGCCCCGGAAGAAUGAGUACCCGGCGCACCAGGAGCGGGCUCAGUAUCACCAGCACCAGCCGCCACACCAGCACCACAAGCAAAGCCAGCAGCACCAACAGCAGAACCAGCAGCAGGUCUGGCGGGAGUCCUCUGAGCACCGGGGUGGCCAGUCCAGAAGCGAAUAUCACAACUACCAGCCAACGGCGGGCGGUGCUCCAGACCGACGCACAGAGCAAAGCCGACCGGUGAGCCGCGGACAGUCGCGCUCUGACUACCACGAGUACCGCUCCCCCGGCGUUCACCACCCGACCGCGGGGCAGCACCCGAAUCAGCAUCCUCCUCAGCACCCAGGUCAGCACCCAACUCAGCAUCCGGCUCAGCACCCAGCUCAACCGCGUGGCUGGCACCCGCCGCCGCCGGAUUCAUCCCGUGCCCGGCCCGGACAGGAGCGGCCGCCGCCGCCAGCCUGGUAUGAGACCGACGCCAGCCGGCCGCCGCCGCCGCAGCCGCGUCAGCCGCCGGCUCCGCGCCCUCAGAUGGGUCACGGCGGCCCGCCGGGGUAUGGCUCACCGGAGGACCGCCACAGAGGCCGCUCUCCGGGUCCCGUCACCCAGCAGCCGGGGCCGCGCUCCGCGGGGUAUUCAGAUAGAAGCAGAGCUGGCGCCGACCAGGAGAAAUUUCGCCACCGUGAGCAACAGCAGCAGACGUUUCGUCAGCACGACUCGAGAGAGCUCCGCUCCAAGGAGUAUGGAAGCGGCGAGCAGCGGGACUUUUGCGGUGUCGGGGAGUCGCCCUACGGAUAUCACGGCGGAGAACGCCAGGGAUUUCGAGGACCACCGACUGAGGAGACCUUUCGUCGGCCCGUGGACGGACCAGGACCUCGUCAAUCCAACAACGACCACCCGCACAACAAACUGCCCCACAACCCCCAACAACAACAACAAUAUCACCAGCAGUAUCAGCAACACCAUCAACAACAACACCCUCAGCACCAGCAGCCAGGACACCCGGCGGGGUUUUCCCGAGGAGGUGAGCGCUCAGGGCACCCUCAGCCCCAACCGGCGCCGCGGGUCGGUCCCCCCGAGCAGCAGCAACCUACCGCCGCGCGGAACCUGGCCGGCGUGCACCAGCCUGGCACCACCGGCUCCUCUGCACCACCUCCACCACGGCACCAGUACAUGAACGUGGCCCCGGCGGCGGCCGGUGGAGGCCAGGCGAGGGUCGGAGGAGCGGAUGGAAGGGAGUCGGCACCGCCAGAGUCAGCGGUGGGCGAGCAGUCGGCGCAGGACCAGCCGAGGGAGAGGGAUGAACCGCAGGAGCUGUCCGAGGCCGACGAGAGGAUGCAGCGGUUCUACGGAAUCAUACCAAAGGAGAAACUGGAAAUCAAGACCGUGCGUAUUGUGAAGCGUGAAUCUCAGCUCCGUCAAAAGGACAAGUCCCGACGAGGUAUGGACGAAUCCGAGCUGACCUCUGUCGGGGAGGCUGAUAACCAGGAGGGUGACAGCGAGUCGCCAGAGAACAUCAUUGAGCAGGACGCUGUGCUCUCUCAGUUUCGGCGGGCGCUGUCGCUGCCCCGUGGCUACGACCGACGGUCCAAGGCGUCUCAGGAUGCCAUCAGCCGGAUACCCAACUUUCGCCACCAGAUGCUGAAACGCAUGGUGGAUCGGUCCCCGUCUACCGACCGCCUGUCGGCGCACGAGCGGCUGUUCGGCUCCAACCCGAGCCUGCCGGCCGGCGGGGGAGGCACAGCGACCUCCAGCGGGGACAGCGUCCAGCAGGGACCCGCCUCGCCCGUGUUCAAAUCGGACGCCGCGCGCCGUAUUGUGGAGGAGCUCCAGGGCCCGGAGCAGUACCGGCGCGCCCGACCUCGGCCGAAGAGACGGCACUUUACCAUCAGCAGCAGUCGGCCUGUGCACCACGAGGCCGCCGCGCCCUCGCCCAAACUGCUGUCCCGCUCAGCGGACGACAUGGACAUGGAGCGGGCGCUGGGCGAGUCGGGCGGCACGCCGGACGUGGUCAAGUCGUCGCUGACACGCACCGAUCCGCGGUUCGACGCCGACACCAUCGACACGCUGCUGGGCACGCCGCAGAAGAUCCUCAUCCCCGAGAGAUACGUCCCAGAGCUGGAGGUGGAGCCCAUCUCUGUGGAGGAGCGACUGCAGCGGAGCAGAAAGGCUGCCUCCAUCCGACGGAUGCUGACACAGAGCACCGGCUUCCUGGACUCUAUCGGAACCGCCGACCACCAGGGUCCGUCUCCGCGCGGCUCUGUUGUCACCGAGAAGCUGCAGCGGGCGCAUAUUCUCCAGCUGAAUGAGAUCCUGGCCCGCCAGGUGACGGAGAAAAGCAAACGCGUGGCCGUGUCGACGUCGGUGCACUAAGUCGACCAGCGGCACGAUAGGAGAAAAACAAACAGUGGAGGCCCUGGCCACCAUGGAGCGUCCGCGCCGUGCCAAGGAGGACGACUCUCCUCCGCCGGAGCUGCCCAUCACUCAGCAGAGGGACAGCUACCUGACCUGACGCCACCCGGCCGCCGGCUGAGCGGUCACGGCGCCGGGACCUGGCCAGGGGCCGGGGGACAGCUGCAGGCCUCCACAGCUGGCUGGGCUGAGAUACACUUUAUCAGCAGCUGACACACCAAAUGUACGACUGAAAUGAGGGGCGCGUUUUAAGGACGUGUUGUACGGCCAUUUUGUGACCGGUGGUAUAUAAUAUUUGUGGUGUGAUCAGCGCUUUAUUCCGACUAUUCGGCGCUAGUUCCUGCAUGUGGCGGUCGUUUCCCGCCAUGUUAACGGUCACAUUUGCGCGCGGCCGUCCGCUCCCGCCAUCGCUGUCCGGCGACGAGAGCGGCACGGACGCGCGCGCCGGGCCCACUCUGUCUGUCCCACAUUCCAGCGCGCCGGCCGCCGACCGCCGGCGCUGUGAUAUUGCCCGUCGGCGGCCGCCCCCGCCCCCGCCCGGCGGCGCGCGCGAGUCUUCCCGGCGCACCCCGCCGGAGAGGACCGACCGCAGCUCAGAGACACGCUGUGGCGGGCUGCGGCUACUCUCUGACCGCCAUAGUUUUGUAUGGAGUUGUGAGAGUCUGAACGACGAACGACCAUUUUAGUGUUUUUCACUCGCUCCUUGACAAAUUAUUUUGUGCUUGUACAAAGUGGAUUUGUGAGUGCGUGUACGGUUGUCGUUACUGGCGGUGUGGCAGCCCUCUCAGCACAUUCUCAUUGUUUAUGCCAUAUAGCUAUUACCAGUACUGUUGGGAGGAAUGGAAAGAGAGAGAUGAGAUUGUUCAGCGGCCGCUGUUAGCGCCGCCUGUCGACGCCACAGAGAACUAAUACAUGUAUGUAUUGGU